UUCUUCUUCCUCUCACCCAUUUUCUCAUCUCCUCCACUUCCCCCCUCCGAUCUUCUUCGUUGAUUCACGAAUUUUGCGGACCGAGAUGGCUUCGGAAAGAGGAAGGUCUGCAACAGAGGUGCUACCAUCGCCCAUUCAUCUCCAACAGCACCUGUCCGGCUUGCCACUUCCGUAUGUGUACGAGCCCUUCCCCGAGCUUCUGCAACCGGUGACCGCUUUUUCAGACGAGUUCCUACAGGCGACGAGGGCAGUGCGGUGGCACGAGAGGGCAGAACGGAUCGCCGACGAUGUGAAGUGUUGGUCGCAGAGUGUGAAGGAGUGGAAGAGAGUGACUGCAGAGAUGGAGGGAGAUCCAGCUAUCUCCCGUGAACGCCGGGAAGGGACCAUUGAAGCUGCCAAGCAGCACUCCAACUGGGAGCUGCACAAUUUGGGCCGGAGGAUCUACUUCGAGAGCAAUGCGGAGGAGAGAGCCAGGAUGCCGCCCACAAGUGCAUCGGCGUUCGAUAUCAUCAGCGGGGGAAGGGCGGAGGCGAAAACUCCAGCUGGCAAGGCAAGGUGGGAGUGCUUGAACGGUCGGACGCCGACCAGCGUUCCGCCUCCGCCUGAACCGGUGGAUCCGCUGCCGUAUCUGGAGUCUGUGAUUAGUAUAGUUGCCCCCGACGACGCCGAGCACAUCGACGAUGCCAGGCUGCCCCGACGGCGCCCGCCGCCCCCGCCCGUCGUCGCCUGCGCCCUCGCCCAACGCCGUCGCCCGCGCCCACAACCGACACCGUCGCCGCGCGCCGCUGGCCCCUGCCCCGACGCGCGCCGCCCCUGCCCCGUCGCCGUCGCCGUGCCACUCCCCGCGCCCCUGCUCGCCCCGACGCCGCCCGCAGCGUGCUCCUCCCUCUGUGAGCACCACGCCUCGCCGGCCCCGCCGCCGCCGUGCAAUUUUUUUACUUAUAAACUAUGGACCCCCGAGAGGAAGCAACAGAAGCGGUGUUGGGGGACAUAA